CGCUACCGUGAUUCAGUGUGUUUGUGCUGGUGGUGUUUGCUUUUGGCCUUUGACAACGUUAGCAGUUACGAUGUUAAUUGCGGCAGCUUAGUUGCAGGCCACAACAAAACAAGAACAACAGAGGCAAGAACGGACCACUUAAACCGGAAAUAGACUAUUAAACGUUCACACACACACACAUAUAAGGUCAUCACAUGGUGCGAAAGCCAAGCAGCUAAACAACAAACGGCGCUCUCUUUCUCUCCGCUGCCACUGCUGCUGCUGCUGCUCUCUCUCAAGGUCGUCGGCUUAACACAGAAGACGCCAGCAACGAACUACACUACACCCGCAACAAGAGGCAACUCGAACAGCAACACGCAACACGCAACUGCAACAACGACGCAACACGCAACUCGCCAUUAGCCAAACAACAUCCAUCAGCCAGCGAGGAAAUUCAGUUUUUGGCCAGCCAGGAAAUUCAGUCUUCGGCCAUCUUUCGACGCGAAUGCAAGUGAGGUAAAUUGCCAGCGCUCUAAAGUAGGCAACACUUAAGUCUAACUGUGAACGGUGCACUACGCCAAGCGGAAACGGAAGUAAACACUCGUUGGCGCGCGCAUCUGAUUGAAUUUGAAAUCGCUCAACCGAAGGCAGCAAGCGAUCACCAAUUGAAGAUACAUAUAGAGAAUAUCGAAGAGUCCCAAAGAUCUGAACAAAAAACGAAGAUUAUUUAUCUACGCGCGCGUUGUUAUAAAAAAGAGUUAAAGUGCAUUUCCUAAAUAUACCAACCUUUUUAACUCCAUUUGUUGCAUUGGAUCAACGAUCGCCGUUGACGGUGGAUUCCUCCUGCCCCAAACGGAAAAAAUGCGAUAUGGAUCGAGAGCGCGAAAGAGAUGUCAAGGCCCUGGAGCCACGCGACUUGUCCUCCACGGGCCGCAUCUACGCCAGAAGCGACAUUAAAAUCAGCUCCUCGCCCACCGUCUCGCCAACGAUCUCAAACUCCUCUUCGCCCACACCGACGCCACCCGCCAGUUCCUCAGUGACGCCGCUGGGACUGCCCGGAGCGGUGGCAGCUGCAGCCGCCGCCGUCGGAGGAGCCUCCUCGGCGGGGGCCAGUUCCUAUUUGCAUGGCAACCACAAGCCCAUCACCGGCAUCCCCUGUGUGGCAGCCGCCUCCCGCUACACGGCUCCCGUGCACAUCGACGUUGGCGGGACCAUCUACACCAGCUCGCUGGAGACGCUCACCAAGUACCCGGAGUCGAAGCUGGCCAAGCUCUUCAACGGCCAGAUACCCAUCGUUCUGGACUCGCUGAAGCAGCACUAUUUCAUCGAUCGCGACGGGGGCAUGUUCCGCCACAUUCUGAACUUUAUGAGAAACUCAAGACUUCUGAUUGCCGAGGACUUCCCGGACCUGGAGCUGCUGCUGGAGGAGGCUCGCUACUACGAGGUGGAGCCGAUGAUUAAGCAGCUGGAGAGCAUGCGCAAGGAUCGCGUUCGCAAUGGCAACUAUUUGGUGGCGCCACCCACUCCACCGGCUCGGCACAUCAAGACGAGCCCGAGGACCAGCGCAUCGCCGGAGUGCAAUUACGAGGUAGUGGCGCUGCACAUCUCGCCGGACCUCGGCGAGCGCAUAAUGCUGUCGGCGGAACGGGCUCUGCUCGACGAGCUCUUCCCGGAGGCCAGCCAGGCGACACAGUCGAGUCGCAGCGGAGUGUCCUGGAACCAGGGCGACUGGGGGCAAAUCAUCCGCUUCCCCCUCAACGGCUACUGCAAGCUGAACUCGGUGCAGGUGCUCACACGACUCCUCAACGCCGGCUUCACCAUCGAGGCCAGCGUCGGGGGCCAGCAGUUCUCCGAGUAUCUGCUGGCACGACGCGUUCCAAUGUGAUAGGCUCUGGCUUGGGACUCCCCAGCUCCCCAGGAGGCUGUGGCUGUAGCUGCAGCACCAGCAGCAGCUGCAUCUGCAUCUGCUCCCAUGGUUCCGGUGGCUCCUGUGGCUUCUGUUUCCGGUUCCGGUUCGGGUUCGGGUUCGGGUUCCCUGCGACGCAGGCCUCUGAUCCAUGUGCGUUGCAGGCGCUAAUUGAUCUGGGUCAGGUGACCAAAAAUCACAGGUGGGGAGGAUGAUAUAUGAACAAUUCCAAGUGAUACCAAGUACUGACAAAAUCAAGGUUAAUCUACUACAAUUGCAUGGUUUUUGAGGUGAAAUUCCAAAGCAGCAACUUUAACUAUCAUAUUCAAUUCUGAUAGAUUUCACAUCUUCAUUGAGAUCGAAAAUUAGCUUCUAAACAGAGAAGUCAUCUGAAAUAUGGAAGUUUGUUAGUUAUUUUAAGCUGUCUGGCAAACCUUUCUCCGCAAAACCCGUCACAUUUCCAGAAAUUGCAGUAGACUAUUACCUUCAUAAGCAAAUACCAUCCAGAAUUGUUCAUAUAUUCAACUGAAACCACCCUCGUUGGGGGUAUUGCACUGCUCUGAGCAGUAAAAAAAAACAACUUUUAGAAUUACUUGGAAACCCUUCGCUGCGGACGCAAGUUCCGAAUCUGAAUCCAAAUGUUAUUUAAUGUUUAUCAAUUAAGUUUGCUGGCACAGACACUGGACGCAAACACACCCGUGCGUAUUAUUAAGCAUUUAGAGAGCCCAGAGCCCAGCACUGAUUUUGUUUUUUAGCCUUGCGUUUAAGUCGAAUAUUGUUUUCUCUAAGUGUACCACCUACUGCUAAUGACCUUGAGUUGUUCCAUUGAUUCGAAUUGGCCAGGAAUCGAAGCUGGCUUAAAUUAUUGUAUCACACACACACAAACACGGAAAACUAUGGUAGAGUAACUCACAGCGAAAAUAGUUUUGUAGUACUUAAUUGAUGUAAUUGAACCUUUAUGAAUGUAAACUAUGGGAUAACUUUUUCAAUAUAUACGAACCGACGUCUAAAUAGUCUACACCAAUUCAAAUACAAUUACAUGCAAAUAUAGAUAUAUUCAACAAAAUACAGUUUGCGACCACGCCCUCUAUAGAACAACCACUCAAUUGAAUAUUUAAAUAAAGCAAAAAAUAUGUGUAAA